AUGGAAAGCUACCUCUGCAGCAGUCUGAACACAGCACCUCUCUCUGCAGCUGCACAGAGUGUCAUAUCAGCCCUUCGGGUCCAGUAUGUGCACAGAACAGACAGAAGCAGAGCUAGCUUAUCUGGUAGAGGUUUUGGACUGUCUCAGCAGCAAGACAGAGAUGACAGAAAUAAAGAUUUGUUUGCAGGGAAAAACAGAACAUUGGAUUCUAAUGAUCUGGUGGAAGAUUCAAACCACUUCAAGUUAAGUAAUGAGACCAGUAAUGAGAGGUUUGCACUGUACUAUGCUGGUGAUAUGAUAAAGCCCAACGUCCAGCCUUCUAUACCGGGAGCACAGGGAGAAGAUUGUUUACAUAUGUUCCGCUUAAAUAGCAUUGGGAGCCCUCAGGCUAGACCAGGCAUUAUGACAGAAGCAGAGAUCCAUAGACUGACCUUCAGGAAGAGGAGUUGGAUUCAACCAGCAAGCCCCUCUGAAAAAGACCCAGUAGGUUGUGAACAACAUGAGGCUCCAGUAAAGAAGUUCAUCUUUGGGCAGCAUACAUUUCCUACUCAUCCAGUAUCUGGAGAAGAAGAAAAGAGGAUUGAUAUUGUGGACAAGCAGCAGAGGACUGGACAGAUAGAGCCAUUUUGGAGUUGUCGAUCGGGGUUGACAGCAAAAGAUAGCAGUGAGUCUGUUUUGGAAGACAUCUCAAAAGAGGCCAGAGCUGACCAAGCUGUGAUCAUACAAGUGCAGCAUAGUAAUCAUAUGUCUAAUGUAGAGAAACCAACAUCUAAGUCUGAGGACCUGGAGAGCAGCCAUUACUGGCAAAAUAGCAGAAACUCUGAAUUGUCACUUCCAGUGGAAAGCUGUGUACAUGCUGAAAUAUGUGGAAGUGUCUCUGUCCUCGAAUGUGUGCCUGACACACCUGUUAGGUCAGGUGAAAUACUGGACUCAGUGGAGGAAAAAGAAGACUGUGGCUCUGAAAGAAGAGAGAUUACCAAGAGCAGAACAAAUUCUCCCCAGCCAGUUGAGAAUACAUUUCUGAUGCCUGUUGGAGAGAGAGAUGGAAAGGUGGAAUCCACAGGACCCCCCACCAGUGAUGGAAUGCAGCACAGCAUCCAGACCCACUCUCAGGCUGGUGAGAUGAAAUCAUUUCCAAAGCAUAAAUGUGAACCCCCUGGACCCUCACAGGAAGCUCCUAAGAUCAUUUCAUCACAUGAGUUGAGCAAAAAAACACUCGGAGCCCUCAGGUUCCCCUCGCAGCUCUUCCACAAGGCAAAAGUAAAGGGCUCAAUAAAACUCUUAAAACCAAAACUUCUACAGCCCAAUGUCAAGAUGCAGAGACAUCCUCUCCGACCACAGAAAGAAUUAAAGAGUCAAGGAUGCAAUAAACCAAAUCACUCCAAAUCCCCAAAGCUCUCUGAUCCAAGUCUGUCAGGAUCCAAACGAAGCAAUGAAAUGCCUUCAGAAGCAGACAGAAAAGAAGAUGGAACCACAGCAAGCACUAAAGGGGCCUUUAGUUUGACCUCUGAUCCCAGGGUGUGUGACACAGGACGUCUCUCACAAGAGGAGAGAGAGUGUUUGUUAGAGGAGGCAGGAAAAGUCAAAGCAUUUGUUGUUACCAUGGUAUACCAAGAUGGCACCAUACAAUUGGACCCAGAACAGAAGCUGAGCCCUUCAGUGUGUGGCCUUCUGGUUCUGCUAAAGAGGGAAUUGGAUUCCGAGGGACCACAGGACAGACCACCAGAGAGGGUGCUGUACCUUAGACUAGACCAGGCACCAGCUUGGGCCCAACAAGACUAUACACAAAAGCAGGAUGUCUUUACCAGAGAGAUGCUCAUGCAGAUGCUGUGUGACACAAAGCCAUUUGUAUGCUUUAAAGCUAAAGACCUGCUUCGCACAGCACUGAAACACUUCAGCAAAGACUUGAGCUGGAAACAAGUGUUGGGAUGUCAUGUGAUGGAUCCUCAGAUUUCAGCAUGGUUGUUAGAUCCUGCCAAUUCUGCGUCCUGCUUCCAGACCCUGCUUUGCAAGCACUACUCACAUUCAGUUACGUCCACAUCACUGCAACCUGUGCUUGGGCAAGCCAAGGUUACUCAAGUGAUCUCAAACUUGUCUCUCUUAUACAAUCUAAUGGUGGAACUGCAUAACAAGCUUCAGACUCAGGGGCUGUGGCAGCUCUAUUCUGGCAUAGAACAAAAGAUGAUUCCAAUUCUGGCAGUUAUGGAAAGCUAUAAAAUGCAUGUGGACAAGGAGGCCAUGAAAAAUACUUCAGAGUUGCUAGGGUCUAAGCUGAAGCAGUUAGAGCAGGAGGCUCACCAGGCUGCAGGUCAGAAGUUCUUGGUGUCCAGCAGUGCACAGCUCAGACUGAUCCUAUUCGAGAAGCUGCGCUUACAUGAACUUUGUGAGAAUAAAAAGCUUCCCAAAACAAUCAAAAAACAGCAGUCCACAUCAGAAACAGCACUAUUACAACUACAGAAUCUGCAUCCACUGCCAAAAAUCAUACUUGAAUACAGACAGAUUCACAAAAACAAGACUGCAUUUGUGGAUGGCAUUUUGUCUUGCAUGAGCAAGACGUUCAUUUCUUCCACAUGGAAUCAGACAAGUACAGUGAGCGGCAGACUGUCUGCUAAACAUCCUAAUUUUCAAGCUCUUCCGAAGCAGCCACUGCAGAUUUCUAAGGAACAGUACAUCCAAGGAAAGAUCUCUGACGUAGUGACUGUCCACCCACGUGCCAUGUUCAUUCCACGAGAGGGUUGGACUUUCCUCUCUGCAGAUUUCUGUCAGGUGGAGCUGCGUCUCUUGGCUCACCUAUCAGCUGACCCACAGCUGCUGAGAAUCUUUCAGAACACUGAAGCAGACGCCUUCACCAUGCUGGCAGCUCAGUGGAAGGGUGUGAGUGAGGACAGAGUAAGUGUGGAGGACAGAGAGCAUGCCAAGCGUAUCGUCUACUCUGUGGUUUAUGGAGCUGGAAGAGAGCGGUUGUCUUGUAUUCUGGGUGUGAGUACAGAGGAGGCCAGUCGUUUUCAGGACACUUUCCUACAGACGUACAGAGAGGUGCCGGCCUUCAUCCAGCACACCAUCCAGAACUGCCACAUACACGGUUUUGUCAAGUCCAUAAUGGGAAGGCGCCGUUCCCUCCCUCACAUUCACUCCACUGACUGGAGCCUUCGAAACCAAGCAGAGAGACAGGCCGUCAACUUUGUACUACAGGGCUCAGCUGCAGACCUAGCCAAAAUGGCAAUGAUCAAAAUCUGCUCUCAAGUGGCUUCUGCCUCUUACACUGUCAGGCUGGUGGCUCAAAUCCAUGAUGAGCUGCUGUUUGAAGUGGAGUUCUCACAAUUGGAGCAGUUUGCUGUGUUGGUGAAGAAGACCAUGGAAUCUCUUCAGCACAUUGAAAAUUUGGGAGUGAAUCUCUCUGUGCCCCUCAAAGUCUCAUUGUCCACAGGACCAUCAUGGGGUUCAUUGUGCGACAUGAACCUCCCCUGCACCACUACAGCUACUUCUCUCUGAGUCUCCUGCUCUUCCUCUCCAUCCCGUAACUAUGGUAACCGGGCAGCUGCAGUUCCCAAUUCUUGUUUCUCACUGAUGUAUCUGAGAGCAAUGGUAGGAGCAAGCUGGAUCGAACCAGUUCUUUUGGGGGAUGGGGGCUUCUCUUGAUUCAUUUUUAUCCUUUUACUGUUGGAUUCGGUUCUUCUCACCGUUAGAAGCUAGUAUCUCUUUGCACGAAAAUAGAAGUAGCUAUUAAAUCAGUUUUUUUGGUUCAUUUACACUGUUUGUACAUCUUAUGUUGACACAUGCUCUUCAAUACAUCUUUCAACAAAUAAUAAAU